AUGGAGAUCAUAAACCCUCAAUCUCAAUCUCAAAAACCCAAGAAGAAUCCAAGAAACCCAGCAAAAAGGAGGAAGAUACAUGAAGAUUUUGAUCAUCGCGUAGAAGUAUGCAGCAAAGAAGAUGGGUUUCUGGGUUCUUACUAUGAGGCCAAGGUUCUCGGGAAAGUUGGCAGAAACAAGCUCAUGGUGGAGUACAAAACCUUACUGUCAGAUGAAGAUGGGCAGCAGCCACUCAAGGAGAUUGUUGAAGCUGCAGAAGUGAGGCCUGUCCCUCCAGUGAUCCUGGUUACUGGGUUCGAAGUGCUGGAUACGGUGGAUGCUUUCGACAACGAUGGAUGGUGGGUGGGGAGGAUCAGCGGGAGCUAUGAAGAUGGGAAGUACUUUGUGUAUUUUGAGAGUUCAGGGGAUGAGCUUGCUUACCCUAUUCACAGGCUUAGGGUUCAUCAAGAAUGGGAGGAUGGGCAGUGGCUUGUAGUUCGGUAG